AGCAGAGGGGAAAACUGAGACGAGUCCGUGGACUGUGGCAUAAAACCGUGUGUUAGAGCUGACAUAGUCUUCUGCCAGUGGGUUGCCUGUUGAGCUCACAGCUCUCGGGUGAUUUAGCCGAAGAUAAGAAGCUAUCUGUGUGAUAGGGGAACCUAAGCAGACUGAGAGCGACAGAGGGGGGGUUUGUCGGCCCACUGCAGUCUGAAUCACCGGAGACUCGCCCCGCUGGUUCAUCAUCGACGUCUUUUGCCCGAUCUACGUGCGCAUCCUCUCGGGUGAAAAGAAACAACGGGAAGGGACGCAACCCAAGCCCGUGUUUGAACCCUCUGCCGCAGCCCCGAGGUGCGCUGCUUGGCAGAGCAUGCUAAAUAAUGAGCCAAAGGGACACGCUGGUUCAUUUGUUCGCCGGAGGAUGUGGUGGCACAGUGGGUGCUAUUUUGACUUGUCCUCUGGAGGUUGUGAAGACCAGACUGCAGUCCUCUUCCAUCACUCUCUACAUCUCUGAAGUCCAGCUCAGCACCGUCAACGGAGCCAGUGGUGUGGCCCGUGUUGCUCCACCAGGGCCUCUGCACUGUCUCAAGUUAAUUCUGGAGAGAGAGGGACCACGUUCACUCUUCAGAGGACUGGGACCCAACCUUGUGGGUGUAGCACCUUCCAGGGCGAUCUACUUUGCGGCCUAUUCAACAGCCAAGGAGAAGCUGAAUGGGGUGCUGGAGCCAGACUCUACGCAGGUGCACAUGGUGUCGGCUGGGAUGGCAGGGUUCACCGCCAUCACAGCCACCAAUCCCAUCUGGCUGAUCAAGACCCGUCUGCAGCUGGAAACCAGAAACCGGGGUGAGCGGCGAAUGAAUGCAUUUGAGUGCGUGCAGCGGGUGUACCAGAUGGACGGCCUGCGAGGUUUCUACAGGGGCAUGUCAGCCUCGUACGCUGGCAUCUCUGAGACUGUAAUCCAUUUUGUCAUCUACGAGAGCAUCAAGCGUAAACUGCUGGAGUCCAAGGCCCACGCCAGCAUGGACGAAGAGGAGGAGUCUGUCAAAGACGCCUCAGACUUCGUGGGCAUGAUGCUCGCAGCAGCCACCUCCAAGACCUGUGCCACCUCCAUCGCCUACCCUCAUGAGGUGAUCCGCACACGGCUACGAGAGGAGGGCAGCAAGUAUCGAUCUUUCUUCCAAACUCUGCUGACAGUACCCAGGGAGGAGGGAUACCGGGCGCUGUACCGCGGCCUCACCACCCACCUCGUCAGACAGAUCCCCAACACCGCCAUCAUGAUGUGCACCUAUGAAGUGGUGGUCUACCUGCUCGGCCGUUAGCCCACCGGGUAUGUCUCCCUCCUGUUUGAAGAGGGAGCAAAUGACUGAGAAGGAGGCCCUUUGGCUAGAAAGUGUGAAGACAAAAUGUCAAAAUGAAGACCAAAGGAAAAAAAAGAACAUACUCUAGUGGACCAGAAGAGGACAGGUGGAUGAAAGAGGAAGAGAAAAGAAAGGAGGAAAGCCCUUUGUUACCAUAUCAGCAUCAUCACCUCCAGUUCCCUGUAUCAGACUGCUGGAACAGAUAGGGGGCGCUAGAGUAGAUGAGGUAAUAUGGGUAGGAUGAGAAAGGGGGUGACACAGAAAGAGUCUGGCACAUGUUUAGCAAAGCAUACCUAUGAAGGAAAAGAUUUUAAGCACAAUUCAGUGGCCUUAACAGAAAGGGUUUUCGUCUGCGUCCUUCUCUUCGAGUGAAGAGUGAAAAACAGCAUUUUUCACUCUCGGACAGAGAUGAUAUUGUGAAAGGGGAAUGCUUGGAGGCAACUGAAUUUGACAGAAAAGAUAAUAACUAAAUGUAGAUACAUUUCAAUAAUCCAAGAAUCUCUACUUGCCACUAUUGAGCCGCGUUUCCACCAAACACUUGGUUGCUGGGGCUUCAGCACAAAACUCAUCACAACAGAUGAGACUCGUCUUGGUCUUGAGAAGAUUGAGAAUCAUUUAUUAACUGACACACUGUAAGAUUGACAACCUUUGUUCACCUUUUCCUCCGUUCCGCUCACAUUCACCAUGCUCCACCACGCAGUCACUACACAUUACACACCGAGCUACGCUGCUCUUACAACAACAAGAACACAGUGCAGGACGUCGGAUGUUUUGCGUUCUUUCUUCUCGGUAUGUGGUUGUUUAUUAUAGCAAGGACACCAGCUUUUUUUGAGAGAGGUGCAAAAAAAUAAGCUUUUCAAUGUGAACUGAGCCGAACUGCUUGGUGGAAACGCUGCUUUUGUCUGCAUUUGCUUCAGUGCUGUAAGGCUCCUCUAUGAGUAGAUGACUGGUGGUUAAGGAAUGUUCAUUUAAAGCAGAACGGCAGAAGGCAUUUUGGCUUUUAAAACAGAGAAAUCAGUCUGUUUACAAGUCAUCUCAACUCUUUGCACUACAGAAAGUGUGGCUAUAAGCAUUCCCCUGCCAACGCUGAAGUCAACCCCCCCACCCAGUUCAUUCAGAGCAGUGAGCUAAGCGGCUGAACACAAGAAAACACAGCGUUGAGCUUUUGAUGGCCUGUCAGAAACCUGCCUGUGUGUUUAUAAAGAGUGGGCUGUGGGUUGUUUUAUUCCUCUAACCCAGUGCCUGGUGGUGACGGUGCUCUGGCUGAAGUUGGCCUUCAGUGAUGACAGUUUCUCGUUGUUGAAACUGAGAUGGGUGUACAAGGCCUGCUUCUGCCCGCACCCAGUCACCGCUCAGGAUGUGAAAAUCUUGUGUGAAAACACGAGACCAACAUGUCCUUUUGAGAUGUGAAGUGUGUGAUUGUCCAGAAGGUACCAAGACUAAGUAUCUGCCCUUGGAGUGCCACUACUUGAAUAUAAUGUGACGGUGUGGGGAAAUGUUGGAGUGGGAGACUGUUGAUGGAGUUUCAUCAUCACCUCAUAACUUCUUUGUAUGUGUGUGUGUGUGCGUGUGCGUGCGUGUGCGUGUGUGUGUGUUUAACAUGUUGGCCACUUUCGCUGUGAUGAUCUAACUAUGUUCAAGAAUUUGUGUGUGUGUGUGUGUGUGUGUGUGUGUGUGUGUGUGUGUGUGAGUGUGUGUGUUGGUGCAUCUGCAGUCAUGUGUGCCUGCAUGUAUAAUUAAUAUCUACUCCAGAUUUCCCUCCACUAACUAUUAAUCUUGCAAGACACUGUGGCUGGGAGUGUGGAAAAGCUCCUGUACGAUGCCGGCAGCUUUCAUUCGCACUCUCAUGUCAAUCUUUUCUUCUAGUGGCUUCCAACUGACCUGAUAAACAUGCACUUUGUGGCCUUUUGGGGCUUGUGCUUUGCAUUUUAUUGUGUGGACAGUUUUAACUUGUACAUUAAAAAAGAAGAAAAAGUAUUACUGUAUAACCAAAUGGUAUUUUGUGCAACUGUUCUUAUAGCAGAUAUAUUGUACAGUCUAGAGUUCUCAGUAGUUGUGAAGGAUGUCCAAAUGUGUGUAUAUAAUAUAGAUACUGUAUAUGCAUAUCAUUUUUUGUUUUUCUUUGAGGCCCAUGUAUGAUAAUGCUGUAGUUUGCAUGUGCAAUUUAACCUUAUUUUGACUGUUGACAUGAAUAUUGAUAUUGCUUGGCUGAUUUUUCUUACAGUAUAAGUUGUCUGAUUUCUUUUGUAUUUGUAUAUCACUGUCAUGACAUCUGUCACUUGUGCUUUUGGAAAGCUGAAAAAUGCUGCAGGACAAACACUUCCAUGUAAGCAUUUGUGCUGCAGCGUUGGUUAGUCGUUUUACCGCAUUCAUCAAAAGUGUUCCAUUUUGUAAAGUCUGGAUGUUUGGGUCAUUGGUAAUGUUCACAUUGUACCUUACUCUUUGUCAGAUUAGCUUUGGUCCUCCUAGCAAAACAUGUUUUUCAAGAAUCAUCUUUCAUCUUUCUACAACACUGUACAGACUGUACCACAGCAAGAUGGGGCUUUUCAAAAGUGAAUUAAAGAGAUCCAGGAUUUGCCACGCUACUGAAGAGGGUUGUUGGUAAGAGACAGCCAAUGUACCCCUUUAAACAAUCCGUUCAAAAAAUUAUUAUAGUAUAAAGAAUUGUCUUUUGGGAAAAUUUGGCACAAACGUUUUUUCAAAUUGUAUCCAAGCACCUUUAUCAAUUUUCCCUUUGAAUACUUUUCUAUUGUUUAUUAUCAGAAUGUCCUUUUAGGUGACAUUUAAAACUUCCAUUGAGUAGAGAAAAGCCCUCCCUCCACAGCCUCUCUGUCCCAGCCACUGUGGCCUCAGUGCGCACUUCUCCAUAAGGAAAUGAUAACGUCUGCACAGUUUCUAUGUUUCAAUGUAUUGUUCAUUUCUGCAACUAUAGAAAAUCUGGUACAGUCAUGCGUGACAUUCUUGACGCUGUCAUUUUUCCCUCCCUUGUAUCAUUUCAGGGGCAAACCGAGGUCUGUAUUGUACCUUGUAAUAGUUAUUGAUUUUCUGUCUCCACUGACAUGUUGCUAGCCUAUAGAUGCCGUCAGUACUUGAAAAAAAAUUGCUGAUUCAUUUUAAACGUCCACGUUUUCCUGAAAAACACUAAUGGCUUUUAUGUGUUUGGCUCCAUUGCAGUAAUACUUGAGGUCAAAUUACCAAAAAUGUGACAUGGACAGGCAACUGGACAAACAUUUGACUGUAGUUUUUACCUCUCAUCUCAGUGUCUGUAUGCAAUUAUAUAUCUGAAACCUGUAUGCUUGGACAGGAUGCAGCCUCAAGCAGGAUUGAAUGAAACCUGGAACAAUGGUUUUUGACAGCUCAAUCAUUGAUGCAUUUUUCUGUUUGUUUUUUUUAAACACAAAAAUAAAUAAAAAAAUGU